AUGUUCUUCAAGACACACCCCCUUGAGAGUCACACCAUAUGUGGCCAGGCUGUGAAAAACACCAGCAUUGUGGGAGGUCGAGAUGCGGCCCCAGGAAGUUGGCCCUGGUUGGUCAGUCUAAACUCUUUUGGAUACCACUUCUGUUCAGGGUCCCUAAUUAACAAGCAGUGGGUGCUGACAGCUGCUCACUGUCUGUCUGGAAGGGACCUCCUUACCACAACGGUUUCUCUGGGCCGCCUGAACCAGUCAGGUCAAAAGAUUAACGAAGUGUCUCGGGGACUUGAAAGGAUAGUUUGCCAUCCUUCAUACAAGUUCUUCGCCAACGAGAACAACAUAUGUCUGCUGAAGCUGUCGGCCCCGGUGAAUUUUACCGACUACAUACAGCCGGUCUGCUUAGCCUCGGCAGGGAGCACGUUCCACACCGGGGUUAGCAGCUAUGUCGCUGGUUUUGGUAAAACUCAAGCUGGUUCAUCUUCCGGAGCCUACAUCCUGCAGGAAGUGAAAGUACCAAUCGUUGGAAACAAGGAGUGCAAAUGCACCUAUCCUCUCAUCACAGAUAACGUGAUCUGUGCUGGGUUCGGCAAGGCAGGGAAGGCUUCAUGUCAGAGAGACGGAGGGGCACCACUGGUGACCAACAAUGGUUCGAUGUGGAUCCAGAGUGGAAUUGAGAACGUUGGCGACGGCUGUAGAUGGCCUAUGUUUCUUGGAGAAUUUGCCCGUGUGUCCCAGUACCAGGCCUGGAUCACCAACAUUAUUGACAGCAGCGAAACAGGCUUUGUUACCUACAGCUCCUUGGGAGUGGACAGCAACUCCACAUUUAAAUGUACGAGAGAUGUCAGUGUCUUUGGCAGUGUGAGAAAUGGCAGUGUGAGAGAUGUCAGUGUCUUUGACAGUGACUUUGGCAGU